AUGCAUUUUGACGGCUUCUUUCUCGAGUUAUUAGUUAAUGGACAACCAUUAAAAGAACUUAAUAUACCUAUAAAUGAAGCAACGGAAACCGCAAUACCGAAAUCUUAUGUUUUAAGUGGGAUUUUUAAAGAACGAAAAUAUAGCCCUAAUGUCACGUACGCGGCAAUUUUUAUACCCGGUACAAGAUUUGAAGUGAGAUUCGCUUCCGCUUUUGCGAUCAUAGAUACACCAAUUAUGGCCUUUGUCCAUGUAGACGGAUCUCACGAUUACACGCAUCACAUCCUAAAACAAUCAACUUCAAUAACCAGAGAUGGAUUCUGGAAUCCUAGUCGAAAUAAAAAACUUUUCUUCAAAUUCUCAUCUGCAACCUCAUCCACAACUUCAUCCACAAAAUCAAAUGUGAAUGAUGUUUGUUCAGGAUUAGGUACGGUAUCCGUUUAUUUUUAUAAGGCAAAACGAGUACCAAGAGUAAACCAUCGACCACAUCAGUUUGAAAUAAAUCAGAAGAAAGUUGCUGGUUCAAAAAUAUGUUCAGAAAUUAUGUAUUCGACGAUAUUUGAUGAAUAUGAAGAAAGAAUAUUAAAAGGAGGUACUAAUUGGAAGAGAAUAGAUAAGGAUCCUAUUGCAGUUUUACACCUGCAUUAUAGGCCUGUGGAGUGGUUAGUGUCUAGGGGACUGAAUUUAUCGGUCAAUGAAAGGAAAUAUUUGGAGAGGAAUAAGAAGCAGAAGACGAGUGUUAAUAGUAACAAUUUAGCAAAACGACCAAGUCAGGUAAUAGUGAUAAGUGAUGACGAGGAGCCUUCAGAAAAUGAUGUGAUUGAUCUUACAGGUUCCUCUAGGAAAAGGGCAAAAUAUGUAUCUGUUAUCGAGAUUAUAGAUUCCGAUUAA